GUUCCUCAAAGCGAAGCUUCUUCUUCAAUCACACCCAAUUUCUAUCUCUGGUUUCCCAUUUCUAACUAAAAUUAGGAAUCAGUCCUAUUUCUGACCUAUUACUUCAACUGUUUCUUCUUAGGGUUCUAACUGCUUGCUCGUGAGCUGCUCGUAAUCAAUUUUUCGUUGAUUACUCGGUUCAGAAAUGAAGACGAGAGGUUAUGCAGUAGAAAUCACAAACCUCUCUCCUAAUGCAACGGAGAAGGAUGUUCGUGAUUUUCUCACCUUCUGUGGCGCAAUUCAACAUGUUGAAUUUGUCAGAACCGGUGACUCUGAAUGUGUCGCCUAUGUGACUUUCAAAAAUCCGCAUGCUGUGGAAACUGCUGUUCUUCUCAGUGGAGACACAAUCUUGGAUCAACCUGUACGCAUAACACAAUGGGGAGAUUGUGACGACGACUAUAAUGUUCACAAUCGCUCUGCAUGGAAGAUUGAAGACGAUGUUAAUCAUAGCCAGCGUUCCGAGAGGCACGAGGCUGCGCCAUCUGCUGGAAAGGCCGUCUAUUCUGCCCAAGACACUGCAAAAGCAAUGGCCGCCAAAGGAUUUGUACUCGGAAAAGAUGCAGUGGUGAGAGCUAAAGCAUAUGCAGAAUCCCAUCAAGUACCGGCAGCUGCAAUAGCAAAGGUUUCACGGCUUAGCAAUGGAAUCGGGUUGACUGACAAGAUAACUUAUGGGAUUGAAACAGCCAAAUCUGUUGAUCAAAGGUAUCACAUUUCAGGUACAACGAGAUCAGCUGUGUCUGUGACGCAGAGGACUGCUGCUUCGGCUGCAAACGCGGUGGUUAGCUCGAGUUACUUCUCUAAGGGAGCUCUCUGGUUGUCCGGUGCUCUAAACAGAGCCUCUCAGGUUGCCGGAGAUCUUGGCAACCGCGGUGUUGGCAAAGAUAGCCAGUGAAGAAUUCUGUAUAGCAAUUUCAGAAAAAAUAGUGCGAGAUCGGAAUCCUCGUCGAUUCCAUCCAGCAGAUCCUCCCUCGGCCGCUUCACCUCCGGCUAGUCAAUCUCCUCUGCCUCCGUCUCCGUUUCCGUUUCCGUUUCCGUUUCGUCUCUGGCUCGUUUCUUAAUUACAUCUUCCAUUGGAUUAAAGCCGAAGCUCCUAGCUCUAUUUGAAGUGUGGAGAGUGAAAUUGAAUGUGAAAUUAGGGUUUUAAUUCAGAAUGGUAAUUAGGAUUUGGAGGUAUUAGGCUUUCCAUUAUCAAUUGUGUUGGAUGCGAACUGAUUUGAGAGAUUGAUUUUCCAAAAUUUGCUUUUGUUAUAAGAUUUGAACUUUUUGCAAGCUUAA